AUGCGGAGUGAGGAGAGGACAGGAGCACUGGGAGUACUGGGACUGGGAGGAUCGGACCGGACCCGGGUAGGCGGCAUGGAUGGACAGAACAGCGGCAGCAUCUGCUCCCGGCCGCACGGCACCGGGACGCACGGCAGGAAGAAGAAGAAGAAGAUCCCCGACAGAGUGACUCUGAAGAAGGAGAUCGGGCUGCUGAGCGCCUGCACCAUCAUCAUAGGAAACAUCAUCGGCUCCGGGAUCUUCAUCUCUCCUAAGGGUGUCCUGGAGCACUCGGGCUCGGUGGGAGUGGCUUUAGUGGUCUGGGUGCUGGGAGGCUGCAUCGCUGCGUUGGGUUCCCUCUGCUAUGCUGAACUGGGCGUCACCAUUCCCAAAUCUGGAGGCGACUACUCCUAUGUCACAGAGAUAUUUGGAGGUCUGACGGGAUUCCUCCUGUUGUGGAGCGCCGUCCUCAUCAUGUAUCCGACCACGCUGGCCGUCAUCGCACUUACCUUCUCCAGCUACGUCCUACAGCCGGUCUUCCCAAACUGCGUUCCACCGUACAUGGCGACACGGAUGCUGUCUGCCACCUGUCUCCUGCUGCUGACCUGGGUGAACUGCUCCAGCGUCCGCAUGGCCACCAGGAUCCAGGACGUCUUCACGGUGGGGAAGCUGAUGGCGUUGGGCCUCAUCAUUGUAGUUGGUCUGGUCCAGAUCUUCAAUGGAAACUACGAGGCGCUGACGCCUCAGGUGGCCUUCUCUCUGGAGAGGACGCCGUCGGUUGGGCAGAUCGCGCUCGCCUUCCUGCAGGCGUCCUUCGCCUUCAGCGGCUGGAACUUCCUCAACUAUGUGACAGAGGAGGUGGUCGAACCCAGACGGAAUCUACCUCGUGCCAUCUACAUCUCCAUCCCAUUGGUGACCUUUGUGUACACGCUCACCAACAUCGCCUACUUCUCCUCCAUGUCGCCCGAAGAGCUGCUGUCAUCCAAUGCUGUGGCCGUAACGUUUGGUGAGAAGCUGCUGGGAAUGUUCUCCGUCAUCAUGCCGAUCUCUGUGGCUCUGUCUACCUUUGGAGGAAUCAACGGCUACCUGUUCACGUCUUCCAGGUUGUGCUUCUCGGGAGCUAGAGAAGGUCACCUCCCCAGCCUGCUGGCCAUGAUCCACUAUAAGAAAUGUACGCCCAUCCCCGCCCUGCUCGUCUGUUGCACUGCCACCAUCAUCAUACUCUGCAUUGGAGAGACACACAAUCUGAUCAACUACGUCUCCUUCAUCAACUACCUGUCAUACGGUGUUACCAUCGCAGGCCUGCUGUACUACCGCUGGAAGAAACCCAACUUGUACCGACCCAUCAAGGUGAACCUGCUGGUUCCUGUGUGCUACUUGAUGUUCUGGGCAGUGCUGCUGGGAUUCAGUCUUUACUCUGAGCCAGUGGUUUGCGGUGUUGGACUAGUCAUCAUGCUUACAGGUGUACCUGUCUACUUCCUGGGUGUGCAUUGGAAAGAGAAACCAAAGUGUAUCUAUAGCUUCAUUGAGAGGGCGACACAUGUGGGCCAGAGGUUGUGUUUUGUGGUCUUUCCUCAGCUCGACCCCAUCGAGCUCGCCAGUCCUCCAGAGUGGACUGACCGCUCAUCAGGCAGGGGAAGCGUGUCUGUCAAUUCUUAAAACUUUUAUCUGGAAACAAAAAGAUCUUCUGGGGUUUUUUUUAUCCUGUUUUUACUGAUCAUCAAACAAGUCCAGACACCUGUUCCAGUCAUGGGAGCUUUCUGUCUGAUUUUUGAACCUUUGAGACUCUGAUUUUUGUUUUUCUAAAGUCGAGUGGAAUGCCCGCUGUUCUGUGUGGGCUACGUACAAUUUUUUCUCUCCAUCUACUUUUCUACUAAGUCUUCAAGUACACCAACCUAAUGCCAACAGUUUCACGCCGUGAACCAUCUGUUCCUCCUUUGGUAACACGACAGAACAGUGACUCUCUCUGAAUGUUGCUGGUAUUUUAUUGUGCCUUCAGGUCUUUUCACACCAAGUCACACCACGUUUUUCCUACAGUUGGAAAACUGUAGGAAAAACAAAACUUGCACAUUGUUUGUUAAAGUCACUAAAAACAGCCAACUCCUUUCUCAUUUUCAGAUCCAUCCAUGCCACCAGUGUGUCACGGGGCUCUUUUAAGAUACACCAAUUAAGAAGUGAUACUGGAACAGCAGGCUAGAUGCUUUAGAUUUGGCUAGAUUUAGAACUUAGGCUGAAGUCAAAGAUAGCUGUUGUGAUAAAUUUUGUUUUUUUGUCUGUCGUCUUGGAUAUUUGCCCCAUUUAUUUUCAUUUGCCUGAACAAAAUUUUUCUUCAGACCAAUCUAGUAUCUGCUGAUUAGUUCCCAUGCAUUAAAAAUGAAGAUUUUACAUGUUUAAAUGGGGAAAAUGAUCCACAUUUGGAGGCAGGAGGCGUUGGCAGUGGCAUUAAUCAUUUCGCUGCUCACAGUUUGAGUCCUGGGGGAGAUUUCUUUUCCUUGCUGCUCUAAUAAAGUGGAAUGAUUCUGCUUUUCCUUAUUUGUAGUCAUACAUCUACUGUGCUGGACGUUCAUAUGAAAUAUGACCAAAAUUUGGGAAUGCCACACACAUGGCUCUGUAUGAUGUCACCAAGCACAGAUAUUCCUAAUGUGGCCAUCUUAGACCUAAACUCCACCCACUUUCUGUUCAAACCUUCUGUUUUUUUGAGGGGCAGCCAAUCAGAAAAAAGUUACUGUCUUGUUUCAGACAGUGAACGAAAUGUGGGGCUUCACCAAGGCCGAGCACAAAAUAAAGGAUUAUUUUACUCUAGAAGAGUCCUUGAAUGUAAAUAUGGAGCUGCAACAUUAAUAAUAACACCUUCUCGUUGUCCCAUGGAGUCACCACAGCAGAUGGAGCUGCAUAUUUCCAUUUGGUGAAGCUGCAGCCCCCCCAUUAAUCCAGGUUUGGGAUUGGUAUAAACUUAAUCCUGUAGGUUUGUAGCUCCUCCUUCUGGUCUUGAACUAUGGAGCUUGUGUGUGUAAGGCAAAUUUUAAACCACCACAUCAGCCCCCAAACUGUUACAUGUUAAUCAGAAUGAGUUACGGAUUUUAUUUUUUUAAAUAAAUAGAAAAGUAACGUUAGGAAAGGAUGACAUUACAGACUGUGUGCAAGAUGUCAGAGUAGGUGUUUAGUGAAAAUUUCAGACUUGGUGUGAAAAGCUCUUUAUUUGGUGAAAUGUGUAUAAAAUGUGGUGUAUUAACUGAUUCACUGUUAGAGAUUUUAAUAUAUUUGUGAGUGCCUUUUUGCUUUGUUUGUUGCAUAGAUUGUGAGAAUUACUUUGGUCUCCUGUUGACUGUUUCUGUGUCACUAUAAAAAGAAACCUGCUGUAAAUAAACCAGACGGAGCACAAAGCACUGGCACAUCCAAAAGACCGAGGGCAAACUCAAGCUUAAAAAAUGUUGCUAACAAACUAGUUGUGCUCAUGUUACCUGCUGCUCUCAUGGAUGAAUUACAUGAUGCUGUGACCGUGAGUGCAUUCAGACAUAGGAUUUGUGUAAUCCACAGCAGUCUAACACGCUGUGGCACUUUAUGUUGUGCAUGUAAAGUGUUGCUAAUGCAGGAUGUUACUGAGACAGAAUUGGCCCUUCUUGCAGUCACAUCUGCUGGUCAGGUUGGAGCUGUACUGUUAGCAAAGCUUCUCACCUUUGCUAACAGUACAAAACCAACUUUCUUCGAUUUCCUGCUCUGUGCUGUUUCUUAUUAUGCAACAUGUUAUUCUAAGAAACUGUAAACAAGACCCUCUUUCAGUUCUAAGGUUUUCUGGAUUAGGACAUAAAAAAUCAUCUGGUCUUUAGCAGGUUCUAAACAUAUUACACUGUGUCAGCAGCAUGAGGCAGCAUGCAGAAACGGGCCCCACGCAUUCAGCAGCUUCGAGAAGCUCCUUUAGCAGUAAUAAGUUGCAGUGAUGAUUUCCUGUGUGACUUAUCAGUCUCUCACAUCACUGUGGAGGAGUUUUGGUUUCUUUGCCUCAUUGAGGUUUGCAGCAUUAAUUCAUGCACAGCUCUUUGAGGACUGGACUUUGGACCAUUGCAGCAGCUCAAUGCUUUUCUUCUUCAGCCGUUCUGCUGCUGUGCUUGGAUCAUCGUCCUGCUGAUGACCCAGUUUGGUCCAAGCUUCAGCUGUGGGACACCCGGCCUCACACUGACUCUAGAAUACUUUGGUAUACAGAGGAGUUUGUGGUCUAAUCAGAUCAUCAUCCCUCCACCACCAUGGAGGGAUGAUGGGGUGUUUAGUUUUGUAAAUUAUGGACAGAUAUCUCCACUUAGGUCUCGUCUGUCCAAAGGACAUUGUCUUGAGGUUUGUUCAAUUUCAGCUUCAUAAACCUGAGCCACGCUGCGAUGCUGUCCCUGACUCCUGUAGAGUCAGAGAUGGAGAUCUUGAUGGGGGGGUUUCCACCUCCAAACCAGCAAACUGCCACAAUUUCAGCUCUUAUAGAGGUGCUUACACCGGCUUAGGAUCAUCUACUCAGGUGCAUCUGAUUAACUCACCUUUUAAUUCCUAUGGAAGCAGUGAGAAUGGACUUUUUCACACACUGCUUCUGUGUUUUGGCCUCAUUUGUUCAGUAAAUACUGACACAGUGUGAUGUGUAAUAAUGUUCAUCUGAAGCUGACCUAAUUUUAAAACCUUCUAAGGACCAGCUGAGUUUUUAUGACGUCUACCCUAAAAUUAAAAGAGAGUGUACUUUCUUUUUAUGACUGUGUGUUUUUCUGUGUUUGCUCUCAAGCAGCUGUGCUGUUGGACAAUAACAGUAAGAGAAAGCCUUAACAUUUCUAUGUGCGCCCUUUUAGACUUUUAUUCGUGUGUUUUUUGUUACACCAUUUAGUAUAAUCCAGUACACUGUGCACUUAAUGAGUCAUAGUUAUCCCAAAUGAUUUUUAAUCCCUCAGGUUAUAGCGAUUUGCAGUAUAAAGCAGCAGGGAUGAGAAUUCACACCUCCAAGUCUGAGGCCAUGGUUGUUAUCCAGACAGGCUGGGCUCUGUGCUGAUGAGAAAUUGCAGUAUCUUGUGUGUUGUUCUUGAGUAAGAGGAGAGCAAGAGACUGACGCAGCCUCUGCAGUGAUGCAGACGCCAUAUCGCUCCGUUAUGAUGAAGAGCCACAACAGAUCAAUACAAGUCACAGAGGGACUAGAAAUUACAAAAUUAAUAUCAUUUUUUAUUGAAUGAGACUUGAAACUAAUGAUUAAAACAGGAAGUCAUCAGGAGCAUGUUUGUUGCGGUCACAGAGAGAGGAUGCUGAGGGCGGUUUUACCAUAGACCCAACUUCAGAUUGGCUAUAUAAUAAUAAUAAUAAUAAUACAUUUUAUUUAAAAAUAGCGCCUUUCAGAGCACCCAUGGACACUGUACAACAAAUACACAAUAUACACAAUAAUAAGAGUAACAGAUAAAAGUUAAAAGCAUACAGAGGUUUAAACAUAAGCAAUUUUAAACAGGUGAGUUUUGAGGGUGGACUUAAAAAGAGGGAAUGAAGUAUAUCAGUAGAGGGGCCUAAUUCUGUUCAGACAACAAUAAAAAAAAUCUAAAAUCCAGCUGUAUUCACUUUGGAAAUUAUAGCUGGUGUCUCCACUUGUAUUGAUACACACAUUUUCAUGUUGUAAAUUUCUUGUAAAGCAUUCAGUGUUUACAGUGGGAUCAUCACACUGGAUGUUAACUUGGAUGUGUGUUACUGCACUUUGAGAAAAUAACUAUAAAUAA